CUUUAACUGUCUAUGCUUGCUCUACACUGAAACGAAACGCCAUCUUGAAUAUAAAGGGGGUUUAAACCAGGAGAUAACCUAAAAAGGGGGCAUUGGCUGAGAUAAACUGUUAUUUUUGUCUGUGUCUAAAUCCUCCCGGGUUUCUCUUGAACAGUUCUAGUUAUGUCUUUGGGCGUUUAUAAAAAAAUAAAGGCGCAUACGUGAGGAAAUCAGCAAGGCACUUGUUAGCCUCUACCCAGCUAGCAAGGGGAGGACAGGGGACUUGAGGCUUAUUUUUUCCGUAGCCGAAGUUGUUUAUGUUAUUCCAAACGGACAUGUCCUCUUCAAACCCAGAGUUACCAGACCCAAAUCUGGGUAUGGGUGCAAGUGGGACCCAAGGAAGUGGCAGUGCUGUUGUACCAAAACGGACCAAUAAAAGAGCUGCGCCGGACUUUGAUGAUGAUGAUGAUGAUGAUGAUGAAGGAAACAAGUUGUUCAGGUGUGACGAUGAAACAGGAGGCGGGAAUGACAAAGAGCGCUUUGCCAGGUUUUUGGAAGAAGAUCAGAGUUGUGCAGAUAAGGAAAAACAAGCCAGGGAGAACCACAGUGAGAUUGAAAGGCGGAGACGGAACAAGAUGACUGCCUACAUAACAGAAUUGUCAGACAUGGUGCCCACCUGCAGUGCACUAGCACGGAAACCAGACAAACUAACCAUUCUGCGAAUGGCCGUGUCCCAUAUGAAGUCUCUGAGAGGAAGUGGCAAUACCAACUCAGAUGGGUCGUACAAACCUUCCUUUCUCACUGACCAGGAACUGAAGCACCUCAUCCUGGAAGCAGCUGACGGCUUCCUGUUUGUGGUGUCAUGUGAGACUGGCCGCAUUGUUUACGUCUCUGACUCCCUGACACCCGUCCUCAAUCAGGCGCAGUCUGAAUGGCUCGGCUCCUCCCUUUAUGAUCAGCUUCACCCAGAUGACACAGAAAAGCUAAGAGAGCAGCUCUCUACUGCAGAGAAUAACAACACUGGGAGGAUGUUGGACUUGAAGACGGGAACAGUGAAAAAGGAAGGCCAGCAGUCGUCAGCCAGAAUGAGUAUGGGAGCCCGUCGGUCAUUCAUUUGCAGAAUGAGGUGUGGUUCUUGUCCCGUGGAACCGUUGUCAAUGAACAGACUAAACUUCCUUAGGAAUAGAAACAGGAAUGGUUUGGGUACAGCCAAGGAAGGGGAACCCCAGUAUGUUGUGGUCCACUGUACAGGAUACAUCAAGUCCUGGCCCCCUUCAGGAGUAUCUUUAACAGACGAUGAAUCAGAAAACACUCUGGGGAAUCGCUACUGUCUGGUUGCAAUUGGGAGAUUACAGGUGACUUGCUGCCCAGGUGACACAGACAUUAACAGUAUCAGUGUUCCAGUGGAGUUCAUCUCACGCCAUAACUGCCAGGGCAUGUUCACCUUCGUAGACCACCGUUGCAUGACCGCUGUCGACUACCAGCCCCAGGAAUUAUUGGGGAAAAAUAUUCUCGAGUUUGCCCACCCUGAAGACCAGGGCUUACUGAGAGACAGCUUCCAACAGGUGGUGAAGCUGAAGGGUCAGGUUCUGUCAGUGAUGUUUCGGUUUCGCUCCAAAUCGAGAGAAUGGAUCUGGAUGAGAACCAGCUCCUUCACCUUCCAGAACCCAUUCUCAGAGGACAUUGAGUAUAUCAUCUGUACCAAUGUCAAUGUUAAUAGAAACUCGACUCAGGACCCCCUCACUCCCAUCUCCUCCCCAGGGGGUUCGCUGCCCCCCUCCCUGGGUCAGAGCAGCCCAAACUGCCCUGCUGUAAUGCUCAGCCCUGGACAGGUGGCCGCCAGGCAGUUACAGCAGCAGCAGGCCGAGCUUGAGGGAAGUGGAGCCAGAGAUGGUCUAUAUGAGGCAGGACCAAUCACCCACUCACAGAUUGGUGGUCCCCAGAUGUCGGUGCAGCCAGUGACGGCGGCAGUGUCAGACCACAGCAAGAGCCUUGAGAAGCAAGAGCUCUACCCCUCUCUUUUCCAAGGCCCAGAUCAGACCAAGGGCCUGCCCUCCACCUCCAUUGCCACCACACAGAUCUACCCUCCAGCCAAUAACUUCCCUGCUGGUCGUUCAAAUGAUGCAUACAGGUCAGUCAACAUGACUGCACAGAUGGCACAGCCAGCCCACUCGGCAGGGCAGAUGCUUGCUCAAAUGUCUCGGCAGAAUGGAGCCCCUCAGUCAGUUCCCCCCUCCAGUACUGGCAGCCCCCUCCAUGGAGGACCAGCAGGAGGAUGGCCUGCAGCUGGAGUUAGACCACAGUUUAAUAACCAGCAGGUGGCUCCCCAGGCGGCAAAGACCAUGUCUCCACAGUUUGCUCCCAUGGGAGGAUUUGGUGGUGGUUCUUCCAACUCCUUUGGCCAGAUGCCUACAGGUGCUGCUCCCACCCCAACCAACAACACAAACUACCCACCCAUUAAUGCACGUGCCAGCCUCAACACCAAUGGUUAUGAUGGCUCUCAGUCUGGGGCACAGUUCCCGUCUCGAGCAGCGGAAGCAGUGUGGCCCCAGUGGCAAGGCCAGCAGCACUCGCAGAGUAAUGCAGAGCAGCAUCCCCAUACUCAGGGCAACCAGCAAGACAUGUUUCCUGAUGUGUUGUCAAUGUUGGACCAGCCUGCCAACUUUAACGGCAAUGACUUUGAGAUUCCCAUCUACCCUUCGUUUGACCAGUGACCUGGUCAAUACUUCUGAGCUGGUCUACCCCUUUGUCUUGAGUGUUUUUGCCCUCACUCUCUUAUUUUAUAUAGCUCUUCUGCUCCUCUUUUCUUCCUGCUCCUGAGAGUAGCACUCUUCCCUUGCUUUGCAUGGCUUAAAUUGCACUGCCACAAGCCAGUUAAAGUUGGAGGGAUAUAUCUGACUGCAGAUAUAAAGGGGAGGAAAAUCAAGGAUUUGCUACUGACUAAAAGAUAAUUAUUUAAUAUUCAAGCCAUUGUAAGAGAAUUCUGCUACUAGACCUGCCCAAAGUGUGUGUGUGUGUGUGUGUGUGUGUGUGUGGUGUGUGUGUGUGUGUGUGUGUGGUGUGUGUGUGUGUGUGUGUGUGUGUGUGUGUGUGUGUGUGGUGUGUGUGUGUGUGUGUGUGUGUGUGUGUGUGUGUGUGUGUGUGUGUGUGUGUGUGUGUGUGUGUGUGUGUGUGUGUGUCAAAAAAACACUCUUUCACAUUCACACCAUGGCCUUUAAUGGAAAGUGUAUUUUGCUGUUUACCCUUUUAGCAUGUAGACUAAUCACUCCAGUCGUUGAUUUAAACUCUCAGGAAAUUGCAGGGAUAUACAGCUUUGAUGAUUUCAUUUUUUAUUCUCCGCUGUUGCAAGCAAACCAGCGCUGUCUGUGCUAACCUCACUCACAGUUUAAAAUCCACAGGAUGUCUCUGCAUGUCAGCAUCGCUUUCACAGUGUGUAGAUUUAUACUUACUGAAUACAAUUUUCUAUGUACAUUGAUGGCUUCACUUAUACAUGUAAUUAUGUUGUGUCCUCUUAAGGAUCAUUUGAGGUUUUUUCUUCAUUGAAUGAUGUCCUUUAGCAACAACAGACGCACAAUGUUACAAUGGCUACAUAGUGUUGGUCUAUGUACCCAUUGUAAAUGUAUACAAUCUAUUUUGCUUUGCCUACAUAAACAUAUAUACAGUAUGCAUGUGUGUAUGUAUGUAAAAUGGAUGCAUACAGUAUCAUUGUCAGCUGUUACACAGUCGUAGGGUUUCUGACUCGCUUGAUAUUCUUCUUUCUGUCUGCCCGCAUUACCCUGUACCAAGUAUGGGCUUUUUGUACUCCUUUUGUAAAAGAUAUCAUACAGCAAUAAUUAACAAGCAGGAAUUGUGUACUUUUUUAAAGCCAUUCUUUAUUUGUUGUCAUAAAUGUUUUCCUUGAUUAAUGUUGUUUUGAAAUGGAGAGGUUUGAUAGUAAUGUUUGAUUUAAUUGAAAGGUUUCCCAAGUAUUUGAUUAUUUGUGAAACUUUUGAUGAUCUCCUGAGCUCUUCAUUGCCCUAGUCUGUAUUUAAUUAAUGGUAAGAGCAGGGUAUUCAGGAUUAAAAUGGAAUAAACAGAUCUUAAAACAAUAUGAUCUUCAAGCGAGAAUGCCCCAAAAAAAGA